AUGCGUUUCGCUACUCUCGCUCUCCUCCUCACGGGCCUCGUUGCUGCCCAGAACGCUGCCCAGUCGGCUACCUCCGCUGCUGAGUCUGCCGUUGCCUCUGCCACUGGUGGUAACACCGGCGAGCAGUCCUCUGCCGGCGGCGGCGACCAGGGCCAGCAGACCUCGUCCGCUGGUGGUGACGGCGCCGACGCUUCGCAGACCUCGUCCGCCGGUGGUGACGGCGCCGACGCUUCGCAGACCUCGUCCGCCGGUGGUGACGGCGCCGACGCUUCGCAGACCUCGUCCGCCGGUGGUGACGGCGCCGACGCUUCGCAGACCUCGUCCGCCGGUGGUGACGGCGCCGACGCUUCGCAGACCUCGUCCGCCGGUGGUGACGGCGCCGACGCUUCGCAGACCUCGUCCGCCGGUGGUGACGGCGCCGACGCUUCGCAGACCUCGUCCGCCGGUGGUGACGGCGCCGACGCUUCGCAGACCUCGUCCGCCGGUGGUGACGGCGCCGACGCUUCGCAGACCUCGUCCGCCGGUGGUGACGGCGCCGACGCUUCGCAGACCUCGUCCGCCGGUGGUGACGGCGCCGACGCUUCGCAGACCUCGUCCGCUGGCGGCGACGGUGCCGACGCUUCGCAGACUUCCUCCGCCCCCGCCGGCGAGCAGACGUCGCAGGGUGGCGACGCUUCGCAGACCUCUGGCGGCGAUGCCCAGCCAACCUCUUCCGCCGGCGGCGCCGACUCGAGCCAGACCGGUGCCGGAGGCGCCGGCGGCGACAGCUCGGCCACUCCUAGCGGACAGUCCGGCAUGUCCUCACAGUCGGGAGCUUCCCAGUCUGGCGGUAACGCUGCUUCGUCCAUGUCCAGCGCAGCCCUUGGAUCUCAGUCCUCUGGUGCCUCUGCUGCCCCUAGCGGCGGUAGGGCGGUAGCGGCAGCGGGGCCAGCAGCGGAACCCCGAUCGCGGGCGCCGCUGUCGCCGCUGCGAUCAUCGCUGCCGUCUUCUAAGUAA